AUGGAGCCUUCAAACUAUGAGCAUAUCCCAGACAAGCCAAGGUACAUUGAUUUCCAAUGUGUCGAGCCUGGCACGAAAACCGCCGACGGGAAGCAGGUGCUUAACAGAUGGUCCUCGACAAUUACACGGGGUCAUGAUUUCCCCGGCGCUCAGGCUAUGCUUUAUGCUGCAGGUGUCCCCGAUAAGCAGGCCAUGAAGACCUCCCCUCAAGUUGGUAUCUCGACUGUUUGGUGGGAGGGUAACCCUUGCAAUAUGCAUUUAUUUGACCUGGGCAAAACUGUGAAGCAAGCCGUACAGAAGCAAGGGAUGCUUGGAUGGCAAUUCAACACUAUUGGCGUGUCAGAUGCAAUUACUAUGGGAGGAGAAGGGAUGCGAUUUUCUCUGCAAACUCGUGAGAUUAUAGCCGACUCAAUAGAAACGGUGACGUGCGCCCAGCAUCACGAUGCAAAUAUCUCGAUCCCAGGCUGUGACAAAAACAUGCCAGGCGUAAUAAUGGCAGCUGCCAGACACAACCGUCCAUUUCUGAUGAUUUAUGGCGGGAGUAUUAAAAAAGGCCAUUCAAAGCUUCUAAACAAGGAUGUCAACAUAAGCACAUGCUAUGAGGCCGCCGGCGCGUUCGCUUAUAACAGGCUUGAUCCGACCCCGGAAGCCAAAGCAAAGGGAGCCACGCCUACUGAUGUGCUAGAUGACUUGGAGAGACACUCGUGUCCAGGUGCAGGUGCGUGCGGAGGGAUGUACACGGCAAAUACGAUGUCAACAGCGAUUGAAGCCAUGGGCUUAACACUACCAGGUUCUUCAUCCAAUCCAGCGGAGUCACCUGCCAAGAUGCGUGAGUGUGUCAAUGCUGCCGAGGCUAUCAAAGUCUGUAUGGAAAAGAACAUUAGACCUCGAGAUCUAUUGACCAAAGAAUCCUUUGAGAAUGCUCUUGUUGUGACAAUGGCCUUAGGAGGUAGCACAAACGGAGUUUUGCAUUUCUUAGCCAUGGCUGGAACUGCAGAAGUACCGCUCACAUUGGCCGAUGUCCAGAGGGUUAGUGAUAAGGUCCCCUUUAUUGCAGAUCUCGCACCAUCUGGCAAAUACUUUAUGGAGGAUCUCUACAACAUCGGCGGCACACCAUCUGUCCUGAAGCUUCUCAUUGCUGCCGGAUUAAUGAAUGGUAACAUUCCAACCGUCACAGGAAAAACUUUAGCAGAAAACCUGGAACCGUUUCCCUCCUUGCCUCAAGAACAAGCCAUUAUUAGACCUCUUUCAAAUCCUAUUAAGCAGACAGGGCAUAUCCAAAUCCUGCGAGGAAAUCUUUGUCCUGGCGGAGCGGUUGCAAAAAUCACUGGGAAGGAAGGGCUCAAAUUCGUUGGCAAGGCUCGCGUAUUCAAUAAAGAGCAUGAGUUAGAUUCCGCUUUGACCAAGGGAGAGAUUCCCCGCGGCGAGAAUUUGGUGUUGAUCGUUCGAUACGAAGGGCCAAAGGGAGGGCCAGGAAUGCCGGAGCAGCUCAAGGCAAGUGCAGCUAUUAUGGGAGCGGGCUUAACAAAUGUGGCUCUCGUCACCGAUGGUAGAUAUUCAGGAGCCAGUCAUGGGUUUAUCGUUGGGCAUGUUGUGCCAGAAGCUGCUGUGGGAGGUCCUAUUGCAGUAGUUCAGGAUGGGGAUAUGGUCACAAUCUCAGCUGAAACAAAUUCUCUGAGUAUGGAUGUGAGUGACGAAGAGAUCAAAAACAGAUUGAAGGCAUGGAAGGCCCCUAAGAGCGCUGUGAAUAGGGGUGUCUUGGCGAAAUAUGCAAGACUUGUUGGAGACGCCUCCCACGGGGCGAUGACGGACUUGUUUUAA